GUUGGCAGAGACGUUGCCUCUGCAGUUGGCUGCACUUUCAGAAUUGGCGGCCGCUGCAUGACAGCGGUACGUUACUAACCUCACUUUUAGAAAUUUGUUGUUUUUCUUUCAAAUGCGAGUUAACUAAACAGCAACAAAAUGGGAGAAGUACUUUUAACAAAAUCGGAAGAUUUGUGGAAUCCAUACAAAGAUUUAAAAGGCAUUGUUUGGAAACAUUUAAACGAAAUUGGGGAUGAUUUACCACAUUUAGAGCUAGAAAACACGCUGAGGAAACACAAGCAGAGCUUUUUCUCGCUGCUGGAAAACCCUGCCAAAAAUGCUAAAAGUCGCGAAGAAUUAAAAAAGGGAAUGGUGGAUGGCAUUACAGUGAAAGGAAUAGGCCACCAAAUUCUUUCAAAAGAGUUAUAUCAGGAGGCAAUAAUUCUCUCAGAUAUGUUCAAUAUAAACGAAUUUGUCGCGUUAGAUUUACUAUGCACCGCGCAAAUACAAAUGCCGUAUUAUCCCUCAUUACCCAGAGGCCUUGUUGCUGUUUUAUUGUAUUAUGACGGUCGUAAGGCUUUAGUGUCUACUUUGUUAUAUUUGGUUCAGGCUAGAAGUGGUGUGCAAUGGUCGGCUAAAGUAAAACCAGACUUGGAGCGCUUCAUCACUGACUACACUGAUCAAUUGAUGGAGGGGGGGCUGUUUAACAGAAUCUUUGAUUUGUUGAAAUCUUUGGAUUUGAGUAGGGAAAUCGAUUUGCUGCAGCAAAAUUUGGCGCUUGGUGGGCCAAAACACAGGCGUCAAGUCACAGAUUUGUUUUUGGAUAUCAGAAACACACUGGCUGAUGUGGUGUUUUCCUGGUCGGCACAAUCUGGUUUGCCUAAAGAUGCCACUGUCGCUCUUGUUAACCACUUAAGGGAUGCUAAAAUAGAACAGGAAGCUUCAGGCAAAAUUGACGAUGUGAACUUAUACCUCUUAAUGGCCCUUUUAUAUGCCCUUGACUUGAGCAUAUUGCACACAAGAGAAGAUGGGGAAGAAGCAGUGCAAAGCUUACCCAUUUUGUCUGAUCAAAACUACAUUUCAGCUGUUAUAAAUGAGUUUACCAACAAGCCCAGAUGGGCUAACGAGGGCCUGGAGAGUGUGUCAACCUUCUGCCUGUCAGUUUGCUUGGCCUCAUUGAAAGUUGUCCCGAACAACUUUGUCUUUCAAGAUGCCAUCAAUAGAGAGGAGUCUUUUGUUGAUUUGGCCAUUGAGAUGAAUUGUUUUGAGUUUAUGUAUAAUAAUUUGUUGGAGUGUGAUACGUUGUAUAAAGAACCGUUUUUGUACAAGAGGAUGCAUAAUUUGAUGUCAGAUUUUAUUGUCUAUAUGUACUCAAAGAUUAAGGAACUGAGGCUGAAGGCCGACGAAAUUGCUAGAACUAUGCAGCUGAACUACUGGAGCCCCAUCGAAAUCAACCCGGCCAGCCAGUCGUACUCGUACCGAGCGCCCCCUCGCGCCGUCUCGCUGUUCAAGUUCGUGCGCCUGGCCGGCGACAUGCUGCCCAUGUCUCUGUUCGUGCCCUACCUGUCGAUGCUGAGCGGCCUGUCUUCCUGCCAGCAGACGGCCAGGCACUGUUUCAACAUGCUGAAGCAGGUGGGAAGUCAGCUGUCGCAGACGCUGUCUUGGGAUCACUUUUUCCUGUCGUUCGCUCAGUACUACACCAACUUGAGACAGGAGGCGCCGCCUGUCGCCGAUACGGUGUACCGCAACAGGGUUACAGCUGCCGCAUUUCAUAAAGACGAAUUCUCGCGACUCGCUCUGUGCGAGCACCCGGGCUGGUCGCCUCUAACGGUUCUACUGGGUCUAGUCAGUUGCUCCGUACCGAUACCGCUAAAAGCGGACCUGUUACUGACCCUUGUGGCACUCUCGAAGUCCUCGGAGAACGCGUUCCAAACCUGGGACAACCUGGAGUCCUCGCAAAUACUGAUGACGGUACCUACGACGUCAAGUUACGCGCCGAGAGGCAUUCAGACCGAGUUGGACGAAAUCGAGUCGAGAAUGGAAGAAUACCCGCUUACUAGGGCGUUAUUGAAGUUAUUAGAUUGUUUGACUGAUUUUGGAAUACCUAGGACUCUAGGGGCAGGUCCGAGGCAACCCGGAUUCGAUCCUUACCUGUCGUUCAUUGUGAACUCGGUUUUCUUGAAGUUCCCCUCAAGGUCAUACAGAAACAACUCCGAAAAGUGGCAAGUCGCUCAACUAUGCUUGAAGCUGUUUGAAAAGUUUUUAGCAACGUACGAUCCGAAGAUAUCGGAUUUCCCGGCGAAUGGAGCCACCAAAGAGUUCAGUUCGCCGCCGGGUUUUCACCUGAUGCUGCAACUGAACACGAAAUCCGAACUUUUGAACGUUAUCUUGGACAUAAUAGACGAAGGCAACCGUCUAUUCGACACGUACGUUUCCUUCCAAGGCGAGACGCUGGUGAAAGAUUGCACUCUGAGCUCCCUGAACAUCCUGCACAGGGUUUUGAUGCUGCAGCCGAAAUUUUUCUCGCUGCUGGCGUCCUCGUCAUCGUCGUCGAUUAUACUGACGAGCAUCGGCAAGUUGCUGCUGACCAUCAACAGAAGAAGUGGCAAACCGGAUCACUGCGUCAACGUAGCUAAAUACGUGAGCUAUCAGUUGUACAUGCCGUUGCAUACUCAGGUGGCGGUGAAAAUUUUGGCUCACAUCACCAGCUCGCCAGUGGCUCACAAUCAGUUCGUCAACAUACUUUUGUCCAGCGAGGAAAGCAAAAAAACCGUCAAAACCGGUUUCGUCGAGUGUCUCGAUUCUCCUGGCGAGGACAACACGGAAGUGAUUUUUACGACGAAAAUCGAGAUAUUGAAGUUGUUGAAGCAAUGUCUGUCGUUCAACGCGCCCAAUUUCACCCACUACUUGCUCGGUUUCGAUUUGAAACGGGACAUAUCCAAAACCGAGUUCCAAUUUCCCGGCGUUCUAGACUUCCCUAGAUCGUGCCUUCACUCCAUCAUAUCCAAUCUGGAAAACUACAACAGCAUCCGGCAAAAUAUCGCCGAAUCCCACGCAUCCACUCUUCUGGAAUCCGCGUAUCACAUGCUUUACCUAUUGGCAGCCAACGGUAAAACCUCCGGACCUGUACUGAGAUUCGUGCGUCUCAACAAGACCUUCUACAAAGACCAUCUAAGAGAAACGCACAAAAACAUCGACAGCGGAAUACACGAGCUAAAUCAGUUCUCCUGGCUGAUGAAGAUGCUCGCCAUUGAACUUAAAGUGUCCGGCACCACGAAACAAGUAACAUACUUGAAACAAUUGGCGGCGUUUUUGGUUAACAUACCCUCGGAACAGGUAACAAACCAGGACAUGUUUUCUUUGCUGCAAAAAUCCGACAACAAGUUCAUUACAUCCUCGGUUGAGGAGAUGAAGAUGACGAACUUCAUGACGGAUUUGAUACGGCGAUUCGAGUACAAAAGCACCACGAUAGACGAGCCCAGUUGGGAGUUCUUCGACGCCUCGGUUCUAAACAAGAUUUUAAUUAGUUGCCAAUCGAAAACCUCCCCCAUCAUGAUCGAUUUAAAAAAGCUGCACCAGAUUCUCUACGAGGAGCUUAAAACUCUGCAGGGUACGGCCGUCAUGGGUCAAAUACAACAAAUCACCCAGGAAAUACCCAAGGUUUUAAAGUACGCCCUAGAGUUGAACAAAAGAUCUGAACAGUCGGCGGCUGUGGUGCAAUUUGUGAACGGUUGGAGGCAGGUUAUCGAGGUGUUGGUCAACUACAUGCCACCGGAAGUUUUGAACUCCACCGAGCAGCAAUUGGUGUGCAUAUUCAUGAUCAGCAACCUCUUGAGGGCCAUAGUGAAGUCCUACCUGCUCCCGGAAGUGUCCAGGCUGCUUUCCGGCGCCAUCCUACUGAUGAUGGACACCUUGAAAAGUUGUUACACUCGCGAGCAGAAGCUGAAGAAGUUCAUGUCCCCGGAGGACAUCGAUAACGACGCGAACGUCCUCCAGUUGUACACUGGAACGUUGAGGGGGAUUCUGGAGAAUCUCAUAGAGUGGAUCAUGGUUUCGGAUGUGGUGGAUGGCGAGCUGAGAAUCAACUUGUACGCAACCUUGGUGACGUUCUUGCAGUUCACCAGGACAUCGGAGAAAGUGAAACAGGAGGAUUUCUCGAUUAAUUGCAGUAUGUACGUUAGUAGAUUGGAUAGCUCGCGUUUGAACGUCAAGGAUCAAGAUUUGUGCCCGCAAAUCGACAUUUUCUCGACUUUUGGGGAAAAGUUGAUCGAAAUAUUGUGCCAUGACUGCAUUGGGGGGCAGGAAAUAUGCAAAAUGUUGGCAAUGUCGAGUUUCAGUCAUCUAUUGACGCUAUCCGGUAACAUCAACUGGAUUCUCUACAUGUCCGGGAAAGGUUACUUGAAACACAUAAUUCAAAGUAUUUUGGAUAGCGAUACGGAUUUGAGGAACAUGUUGGAACCGAACUCGGACAACAUCAAACCUCUUUAUUUGUAUCUGGCGAAAAUUUUACUUCUAGCAAGGCUUGCCAGUACCAGAGCAGGUGCGGAAUUACUGUUGGAACAAAGAUUAUUCUCAUGCUUCAGUAACAUGACGGUCUUCAGUCUGCAUCCGGAAAUAUCCAAGAAUUGGAGGGGGGUUAAUGAAGCGCUGGAAGACUUCCUACCGCCCAUGGAGCAGCAGUAUCUGGAAAUAUUUUUGCCAACCUUGGAUAUCUGUAAUAUCAUCCUUACCAGUCUCGGCACGGAAAAUCAAUCCGCCGUCGUACAGAUUAUGUACUAUUUACUCAGCCAUUUGGACAUCAUCGAGUUGAUUUUAAGAUCCGGACAUCCAGAUCUAUCCGCCAUGUCGCUGAAAGAGUUAUCACUAUUAACUUUCGUCCUGUCUAGAACCGCCAAUAACGACCUAAUCAACGUUUUGGAGAACCCCAAUAUAGUUCACAACAAUAGAGCCCAACUAUACCGAAUCCAAAAACUAAUGCUCGGCCUACUACCGAAAUUCAUCCUCUCCGAAGAUACCGUCAAACGAUUAAUGACGAUCACGGAUAGAAGCGUUUUGCUUCAAACGUCAGACCGUCUCCUAUACGCAAUGCAGAUUAUGUCGAAUCUGCUCUGCUACUCGCGCAACAUAGUGGCCAAUCACGGCAUAGAGCACAGCGGAGUGGGGGUAAUUUUCACCCCGACCUUGAACGACCCGCUGCUGACGUCGAACAGGCUCAGGAAUUACUCCAGCACCAAUCAGGAGCAGGAACAGCAAUCGUUGGGCGUUAUAGUGCAACAGUUGAUGAGUACGGUCAACUAUCAGCACCAAGAGAAGGUGACGUACGAUAUGUUGGUGCGCAAGCUGUCGGAAAUAGCCGACAUGAAGUCUGGUGAUCUCAGGCAGUUCAUAGAUGAGUCGAUGGAAAUGAGCGACUUGUCGGCGAAGAAAGAGAAGGCUUAUGAAGUCAUUUCCGAUAGGUUGGAAAAGAAGAAGAAGGAGAUGGAGUACUGUUCCUUUAUAAUCGAGAACUCCUUGUAUUUGAUAUGGACUCAUUUGGAUUACUAUAUGCUUAAGGCCAUACCAAAGCCCAAAACAUAUGGAUAUCUCAACUCAAACGCCAAUUUAACUGCUGAUUCCACUUUAGCAUCAGCCUCUGAAGCCACAUGGAAGGUGUCCACUGAUGUUAUAAGCGAUCUAAAGCAAGGCUUAGUUUCGCUUUUUAACGAUAGUUUUAGUAAGCAACUUCUGGAGACUGCCCAGGGUCAAUCGGAAUCAGAUGUGGGUCUAAUUGAAGCAUUACUAAGAAAAAUUAAACGUUUAGUACAGUUUGUGCCUGUAAAGUAA